UAAAAUGGAAAUUCUUUAUUUCGAAGAACACGGAAGUAAAAAUGGGGAAUAUGUUUUCCAAUGAAUCUAGCUCUACAUUAUAGAUAUAUCGUUACGUUGCACUUCGCCGUGGGUAAAGUUGUUUACCGAUGAUAACUUAUACACUGAGAUAAUCAGGAUGCAACUAUAAAUAGAACGGAACAGUAAGAGGAAGGCAAAGAUUUAAAAUUCAGAAUGACUUUGAAAUGGAGCUAGGUUUCCAAGCAUCGUCAGAUAAGUUUGUGCUGCUUUCUCAGGCAGAGGCAGAUUCAUUAAAGAGUAAAGCCAAAGGAGCACAUAACCUUAACCUCCAUCUCCAAGAGAAUGACAUAGAACUACGCAAGGAAAGAAAGCGAUCAAAAGAGCUGGAGAAAUGCCUUCUAGAAGCUCACAAACGUAUUGGAGAGUUGACUCUUGAGCGGAAAGAUGUAAUCACUCAACAAAGGACAAAAAAUAGUGAUAGCAGCUGUCCAGAAUCAUCUGUCUCACAGUUUGAAUCCUCCAGUCCUCAUCUGUCUUCUACUGAGUCUAGCUUACAGGUAGAUGGAGGACCUCUGUCUUAUAAUACAGGUCACACCAAGGACAAAUCAAGACAUCAAAUGAUACCACAUCAAGUGACAUACCCAAAACCACGUGUAUUCAAAUUUGGGAAUGAAAUAGACUCAGUGAUAAAAGAAAAUUCUGAUUCCAUGAUGAAGGAAAAAUUGACGGAUGCUUCAAAACGUGACAAUGACUGUAAAGACUCUGUUAAAGAGCCUGUAGCAGGAGUUUCAGUUCAUUACUUCAACAAUUUGAAAAUGGAACUUAUCAAAACAAAGAAAGAAUUAAAGCGAGUUCUCCAACAGAAACAUACAGAUCUGAAUCAAGUUGAGUUACAAAGGCAUAUGCAUCAGGAGAGAGAAGUUUUGGAGGGACAGUUAAGAGAGAUGAAAAAAGACCGAGAUAUGCAUGUGGAGCAAGUUCAAAGCCUUCAAAAAGACGUCACCUUUUAUAAGACAAAGCUUCAUCAAAAUAUAGAGGGGGCCACAGUGGACAGUGAGUCUUGUGGUUCCUUGUCAUCAAGAUGCCUGUAUGACUCUACCAAGGAUACAGAGUCCAGAAUGUCUGAUAGUUCCUGCCAGACAAGUCCCUUUCUUAGGCCAUUGGUGUCCCCAAACUGCAGCAGUAGCAAUAGCAAAAGGACAGAGGAGAGAGUUAAUGGAAAACAUAUGACUGAUAUGAGAUUGUCACCGGAUCAAGCACAGGUAAUGAAGGACACUCAGAAUCAGAUACAGAGGCUGACGAAGCAACUGGAGGAUCAGCAGUUACUUUAUGAACAGGUCAUCAGAGAGAACAAGGAUAUCAAAAAAUCCUACCAACAACUUCUUAGUAGUGUUCAUGAUAUGGAGCAGCAUCAUCAACAGGCAGAUCUGAAAACCAAGAACAUGGAACUUGAGGAUGAAAACUUCAAACUCAAGAAAAAUGUCUCAGAAUAUGAAGAAGAUAACAAUCAGCUAUUUUCGACAAUUGAAGAGAUCCAGAACAACUUAUGUAAAGUGAGCGAUAGAGCCAUGCAGCUUGAGGCCACACUACGUGAGGAACAACGAUGUCAUGGACUCACCAAACAUAACCUGUAUGUCAUGUACGGCACCCUCAAAACUAAGUAUGACAGACUUUCUCAUCAGAAGAACUUGCUUGAGCAGAGAUUAGCUAAUUCCUCAGCUGUUGUCAUGGGAACCACAGAUAGACAUAUUACACCACAAUCUUCCACUGAAUCAGAUCCUGCUCCACCUGCUGAAGAAAUUCACAUUUAUGAAAACGUUGCAAGAAAAUUGGAACCAUUACCUAACCAAUCAAGUGACUCACGGGUACAAAAUUUUGCUGUUUCCAUGGGUGACCCAGAUCAUGUGAUGUCAGUUCGAGAGCCAGUGGAAUCUACACAUCCAUAUGAUGAUGACCUGCCACAGAACAGGUCAACCACCCCUCGAAAUAGCUCUUCCGAAAAUGUCCCUUCACAGUAUCUAUGUAAGCGAUGUCUGAAUGAAUUUGAAGUAGAAAGGGAUUUUCUCUGCCAUAUUGAAAAGUGUUUGAUUGAUUGACUUCCAAACAAUCAGUUAUUGCUGAUACAUGUCAACAGAAAUAGUUGUGGUUAUAAAAAUGUUGCAUUAAUCUGCAGCUUAUCUUAAAGGUUUUACUGUCAAAAUGUCCUAAGGGAAAGUCAGGUGUAAAGUGAUUAGCAGACAAUUCAUCAGUGUUCAUUUUGUAUACCUACCACUUGUGUAACAGUGUUGUAAAAAAAUUAAGAUUUUAAAGAAGUUAUUUUGUUUCAUUAACCAUAGUUUAACCAGGAGGCAAAUAGAUAUGUACCACUUACUUAUUUUUUACUUUUAUAGACUUUUAAUGUGGAAAAGUCAUUGGUUACAAGUAAUUGUGUGCUUAUGUUUUCCCCCAUGGCUUUUUGUCCCACUUCGAACAUUAAAAAGUUUCAUGAUAAAGUAUUUGAAGUGUUUUCUGUCUUGGUACAUAUAAAUUCCAUAGAC